AUGGCUGCAUCUUCUCUAAUAUCCUCUCUUCGGGCCCUGUCCCUUCGCGCAACACGGAUACCGGCUACCGGACAAAUUCUGCGAAAACAACAGCCCACCAGAAGCAUUUCCCAAGCAGUACUAAGUCCAAGCACUGCGGCAAGGCCCACGACGUCGAUAAUAACUGCAGGAAAGACUAUACAAGCCAUCACACAGCAGACGAGGGGCAUGAAAGUUCACAGUUCGGUCAAGAAGCGGUGCGAGCAUUGCAAGGCAAGUCAUGAAGUGGAAGAAACACCAGAAUGGGCGACACAUUUCUUAUAUAUAUAUGUCGUGAGAAGGAAGUCUAGCAAGCGACACCGUGGUUACCUCUACAUCAUCUGCAGCGCAAAUCCAAGACAUAAGCAACGACAAGGUUAA